AUGGCUGUGCCUUGGGAAGAAUACUUUCUCCUGGUCUCGGAAAGAAAGCCGCGGGCUGAGAAGACACCAGUUCAUGAGGACAAUUAUAUCAGCCAUGCUACCCAGCUGCUGGAGAAGAAGCAAGAGAUGGUAGAGAUGGAGGAGACUCUGCAAGCUAAGAAGGAGGAGUUCAAGGUAAAGAUGUCAGCUCUGAAGCAGCGAAGGGAGGCCCUAGAACAGAAGGAGGAGGCACUGAAGGAGUCCAUGAUCCGCUUUGACAAGUUCCUGAAGGACACAGAGGCCAAGCAGAGCCGGGCCAUGCGCCGGGCAGAGGAACAGCGGCAGAAGGAGGCCGAAGCCCAGGCACUGAAGGAGGAGUUGGAGGGGCUGGUCCAGAAGAAGGAGCAACUGGAGCAGACGCUGAAUAAAUACCGACCCUUCGCCCAGUACCUGGAGCAGGUGGUGGCCCAGUCAGAGGAGGUGAGCCCCGGGCGGCCUCCGCCAUGUAGACACUCUCCCUCCUGUGUACCCCUGACCACUAGGGACUGGUCACGAUUUCAGGAGAUCCCCGAGCUGAUGGCCCGCUUCGGCGGGCUGGCCGACAUUCAGGCCAUCCUGGCCGAGCGGGAGCAGGCUUUGCACGAGGCCCUGGAGGAGGCCCGGCUCGAGCUGCUCAAGCUGGUGGAGGACAAGAACGACGAAAUCCUGCGUCAGAAUAACCGGCUGGCCGAGCUGCAGCUGCGCCUGGAGGAGGUCAGGACGGAGGCGCUGCAGUGGGAGUCCAGGUGGGUCCACAUCCAGAACACGGCGGCCCAGAAGACUUUGCUUCUUGGGCAGAUCAAGAUGGCAGCCCUCAACCUGUACCAGAAGGUCUGUAAGCAGAGGAAGGAAGUUCCCGAGUUGGCCAUGGAGGACACAGAGGGGCAGCUGGAGCAGGUGCAGCUCUACUUCCAGGAUCUUUCCGCCAUGUUGGCCAAGUCUCAGCAGGGAGACCCCAGGCCCCCCGCUGACCGCUAGGCCUCUUCCCUGCAAGGAGCUGCUGACAGGAGAGGUAGGACUGCCCCAUCCAGCAGGGAGGAGGGUGUGGGUGGGU